CUAUUUGUUGUGAGCCCGCCAGGGCGUCUGUCUGCGUUUGUCUAGCGGCCUAUUGGUCUGGUUCCUGAACCUCUGUGUCCACUUGACCGCUUCGUUGACAGACAUGCCCUCUUUGCGCCGGUUCACAAAGUCCAUAGCCUCGCCACAAGUCGCCAAUCGUCUCCUGCACACACACACACACACACACGCGUGUCACAAAUACGAAUAGAGACACACAAAUGUGCGUUUGCCGUCUGUCUUCAUCUCACUUGUUUAUGGCCCUGAUGGUCUCUGAGACGUCCUGUGCACCGAUGGCGCCACGACUGUGCAGGUGAUCAAAAGCACGACGCUGCACACCAUACACAAGACGACAAGCACACAACGCAUGUAUUCUCCACAUGUCUCCCUCUCUCACCGUCUGUGUCCUGGAGGUCUGUUCCUCCUGGUGCGCCCGCAGCCUUGCAGACAUCGGGGAGCCGCUCGGCGACCGGCGCUUUUUUGCGCCGCCUUCCACUGUGCUGCGCCUGGCUGUUGCUGCAGUGGCAGGCCUGCCGUCGUCACUCGACAGCUCGGCCAGCGGCUUUUCCCCUGGCAAGUAGCCCCCCCUCAUCCUCUCGCGAGUGACAUGCAUGUCCGCACGCACAUAGGCGCGCAGCUCUUGCUGAGGUGAUCGGACACAGAUAGAGGAAUGGGAGGAGACAUACACGUGAGCGGCUGCUUAGGGCUGAUUUUCUUACUUCAUAUGGCUGGUUCUUGAUGGCCACGCGGCUUCGAGUGCCCUUCGGCCCCAGGAUUCUCUCCAGCUCCCGCAUACUAGACGAGCGUCUCGGUGGCGUCAGCUCAGAGACGUCAGCAAGCCGCUGGUGCAGGUGGUCAACCAUGUCAUUCAAACUGCUGCCAGGGCGACUGGUGGUCUCUUUGGAAGUGGCUGCCUCCUCCAGACCUUCGAGAAGUCCGUGCUUCGGCCGACCUCGCUUAUCGAAGAACUCCAGUGACGAUGCUGACCGCAAAAUGGGUGGCUUUUCCUCCUGCUGCUGCUGCUGCCAGGUCACAACACGCGCUGAUGGUGUGGUUACUGCAGCGGGUGCAUCGGGAGAUUCCAGCUCUGGUGGCUUCUCCUCCUCUUCUGUUGUCUCGCGGACAGUGGGGGUUGUCUGUGGCCGUGCUGCAGGGGGCACCACUGUGAUGAUCUGGCGCGUCCAUGGCCGGGAGAAGACCAGGCCUGUUGGCGGCCGUGUGCUGCAUUCAUGCGAAGAUACUAUGUAUGGCUCGUUAUGGGUGGUGUGGUGUGUCAGUACCUCUCUGUGAGGCCGGGUGUGGGUUGCCUCAUGUCUGUGUCCACUGCUCUCGUGUACCUACACGAAGAAGCACACACUCACACGAGCACCGUCAAAUAGUGGAGUGGCUUGGCAUUCGUCUGUCAACCUACCCUCUCUUGGUGAGAAGCCUCUCCAGCUCGUUGUCCUCAACAGCCGUGGGCUCCAUUGGCGAUGGCUCUCCCGCCCCGGCAUCGAUAUCUCUUGGGUGUGCCCCGCCGCCCCCGCCGCCCUUGGUAGAGAACGACAUCAGUCGGCCCCUCGACUGACUACGGCUGCGAGGCAGACCAAGUGCUGUCUGCGCUCGCCGCCUCUCUGCCUGUUGAGGUUGUUGAUCCUCUUGCCACCGCAGUCGAGUGCCGGCUCUGUGAGGCUCGCCUUCCGCCCCUGAUGCUGUCUCGCUUUGUACGACGCUGCCACUGCUGCUGGCGAGAGAUCUCUCCCUCUCUCGCGCUGAUUGUACGGUUGGGGUGUGUUGUGUGUCUGUGAGAACACGGAUGGCUGGGGCCGUCUUGCGUCUGGGGCGGGGCGGCUCGCGAAUGAUGAACAGGCGGGACAGCAGGCCGGCCGCUCGGAACCUGAGCAGCCGCUCCACCCUCUCCAUUUUCUCCUCUGUCGUUAGUUGGACACACACAUAGAGAGACAGAGGAGGAAGAGGUGUCGAUCAGUCGAAAGCCAUGAAGGUGUGAAUGACUGGAAUCACUAUGCCCACCGAGCCUCUGUCGUGUUUGGAGGCAGUAUGCGAGCUGGUCAGUCUCGGCUUUGCUGACCACCUCUUGCUGCCUCUGCUGCAGGGUGGCCGCCUGCGCCUGCCUGCAGAUGAACAAGCAAACGACACACGAAACAUAGAGAUCGUUUUGACUCCAUCUGUCCAUUCACCCAUCCAUCCGACUUGGCGACUUGCUUGAGUGUGGCUUGUUUGCGCAUUUGAGCUCUCCGCUGCCGCAGCUGCAGCACACGCAUCGCCUCGCGACGCAGCCUCUGCACACAGAGAGACGGAGAGAUAGACGGGAAUGAGGUCCAGACAGCCAUUCAGCUGCUGGUGCUGCUCACAGUGUGCUCAGCGAGCUUGCCGAGGGCGGUGGUCAGGUGCUGCAUGUACGCCUCACGACGAGCCGCGCGCCAAUACUGAGAACAAGAGCCACCACCUACACAUAUGCCAUUGUUCUCCGCAUGCUCACGUUUUGGUCGUCUUCCUUGACGACCGCCCAUUGUUUGAAGUUGGCUCGUCUUUGGUGCAGUCGAUGCGCCCUCUGGUGGUGCGUGGCUAGCGACUGCUCCUCCUUGCGCUUGAGGCACCGCUGCCGCCUCUGUGUCGCAUUAAGAUACAAACGAUUAGGUGCGUGUGUGGGUUGUUUGUCUGUCACUCGCUCACUCACUCACUCACCCACCCACUGACUCACGUGUUCAGCUUCCUCCGUUCGGCGCUGUCGCUCUUGACGAACCUCCUCGGCAAUCUCCCUUCGGCGCCUCUCUGCACACACGAUACACUCUCUAUGAGACACGAAUCUGUCUACGCGUCUUGUCUCUAUGAUACAUGUAUACAUAAAUGAAUGAAAACAUACAUACAUACCUCCGUGCUUCUGCUUGAGGUGGUAUACUUCCAGUGCCUGCCUGUCCUGCCGCUCCUCCCUCUUGCGUAUCCUUUCCAGCCGCCGCGCCACACGCUCACCUACACUCAUCUCCGUCUCGUCGACACUGCGCCGCAGCAGCAGAGUGGGCAGCACCGCCGUCAGGGCAGUGCUGCUCAUGGCGUCAGAGUCCAUUCUGGUGUCCAUGCGUGAGGGGAAGGCCAUGAAGGCGGGCAGCACCGACUGGCGGGGGAGAGAGCCGCGUGUCGGCGGGGGGAGGGAGGAGGGGCGGCGGGAGGACAUGGAUGGCAGCUUCUGCAUACACAUAUCACCUUUCGCCUCACACAGACUCGUUCAUACAUAAGGGUGCAAGAGCGCAUCUUGUCCCUCCCUGCCUCGCCUCUGUGUGUACCUACCAUGGUGACGAUUGAUCCCCGAUGUUCGCUCUUCCUGGCCUUGAUCUUGACGGUGCUCCGCUUCGCAUCGGCCCUCGCUUUGUCGUCAUCUGCCUCCUUCCCGCCCCAUGACCGAGACGUCCCCAGAUACCGCAGGCGCCUCUGCCUGGCCGUCCGGUCGGUCAGUCGCUGCAUCGCCUCGGCCUGCUCCAGCACCCUCGUCCGCUCCUCGUAGCCCCGCUUCAGCUCCUCCGCGAAGUCAUAAUACUCGGCUGGCGCCUCGUCCCACGCAUAAACACGGGCAUGCUUGCCCCAUCCUCUCACCCGCCGCUGCUGCUGUGUGUACGGGGCUGAGCCUUCUUGUGAGAUGCCUGACGAGCGGCGUCUGGAUGCUGCUCGCAGACGCUGCGCCUUGUUGCGCCACUUCAGCUGGAUGGAGCGGAUGGACCGAUUCAAGAGGGUGCUCUUGGUGCGCUGCACCAUCUGCCAAGGCCAACCAGCAUGACACACACACGACUGUUAGGUGAUGUCUCGACCGGCGAGGCACCGUACCUGUCUGCGUAUCUCUCUGUCGGCCACUGACCGCUGCUUCUGUCGCUCCUUGUGCCGCAGUGAGGCCUGGUACUGGGUCUCUCGCCGCCGGCGGACCUGUGUGUAGGCAUCCACACAAGACAGACAGACAGACAGACAGACAGAGAGAGAGAGACAGACCAUCCCAUGCAUGCAUCCCCUGGUCUGGUCACCUGUUCCGUCUCUGCUCUGAUCGACAUCUGCCUCGAUUCAUUGAGGCGGCGCCUCUCAGCUGCAUCGGCAGCGCGGCCUGCAGCACUCACGCUAUCCCGCCCUCUCCCCCAAGCCACCACCUCCGACACGUGUUGUCCAGCUGGGGCCGUCCUGGGAGGCGAAGGGACCCGGAAGCGGCGCUGGGCGGCAGCCUCUGCGGCGUCCUGCUGGAUGGCUUCCUCGAUGAGGGCAUCGAUGAAUGUCGAUGGCUCCUCUCCAGAAGACGUAUCUGGUGACUCAUCCAAGAGGUCUGCCUGCAGCUCCUUGAGCUUGGUGAACUCGCGAAGAAGCGCCGCGUGCAU